AUGGUGAAGAAUAGAAAAGCUAAAAAGAGACCAAGCCAGAGGAGAAGGGGGUAUCUGCAUACUACUAGGGGUAUAAUGGCGAAUCAUCAAGAAGGGAAUCAAGGGCGACGGUCUCCUCGGGUUUGGCUAGUUGUUCUGAUUUCUUUGGCAAUAAUAUUUCUUCCAAAAGAACAAUCACAAGCGUACGCAGCAGACCCCGGGCAAGGCGAAGAAAGGGGAUGGGAAUCGGUGGGGAGACCAGUGGCCAAGCGCCAGACGCCAUCCGCGCUGCAUGGCAAGGUUUGCUUGUAUCUGACAGAGGCUCAAUGUCGAGAGGCAGAUGAGACAUUGAAACGACACGCCACAAGACGGAGAAGACACAGUUCCAACGCCCGUGGCAGUUUUAGCUUUACCGUACCAAGCAAAGUCUUGGUACUGCUCGUCACCUUUUCAGAUCAGGUUGAUCGUCCACAUGUUCCUCAGACGAGUAUAUCGGAAGUCUGGAGUACCAUGAUCAAGGACUGGCUCAGCGUCAACAGCCACGGUCUCUACGAUAUCGAUCCUUACGUCACAGAAUGGAUAGUAACCGACAACACAGAAGCCCACUAUGCGGCAGGUGCAUCUGGAUACACAGCUGACUUGCACAAAAUGGCUUGGCCAGCCCUAAAUCAGUUGGACAACACAACUGGGUGGAAUUGGCAAGAUUUUGACCAAGAUAAUGACAAUGUUUUGGACAGUGUUGUCAUAAUCCACAGUGGCUAUGGUGCCGAGACAAGCUCGCUUGAUCAAUAUGGGACACAUUAUUCACAACGCAUUGCAGCCCAUACACGGGCUCUGACCUCGGAUAUUGUACCAUGGACAUCCCAAGAUGGGUCUGUCUCCUUUCAAGUGUACACUGUAGCAUCAUCCUUGGAUGGCGUCUCUGAAGUCAGCAUUGCUACCAUUGGUUUGACAUUGCAUGAGUACAUGAAAACAUUUGGAUUGCCAGCAUUGUAUGAUCAAACCGAUGCAAGCUUGCCUGGAAUUGGUGAAUUUGACAUAAUGGCAUGGCCCUAUGGGCCUAAAAAUGGGAAUGUUCCAGGCCAUUUAAGUUCUUGGAGUCAAAAGCAAGCUGGGUGGCUUUCACCAACCCUCAUACAAAACGAUGGAAACUACACCUUACAGCCCCUGGAGCAGUUUGCUGAGGCAUAUGAAAUCAAUCUCUACGAAUUUGGUUCCACAAGGGAGUACUUGUUGUUAGAAAACCGUCAGCCACUAGAGUUCGAUGCAGAUUUCUGGGGAGCUGGCCUUGCUAUCUAUCACAUUGAUGAAGCAGCCAAUGGUCAAACAAGCUUAGGAUAUCCUGGCCAAGCAGGGUGGCCUCAGAAUGGUAAUCAUUAUGAAGUUGCAGUGUUACCAGCUGAUGGGAACUACGAUCUUGAACAGGGAAUCAACCGUGGUGAUGUAGGGGAUAUCUGGCAGCCAGGACAACAGCUUGGACCCGGACAAGGCAGCACAGUCUUCCCAAAUACAGAUGCUUACCCUGAUGGCUUUAUCUUGGAAUCUGGGGCAACAGUAAAGGUCUUGGCUGGAGAAGGACAGAAUGUCAAGUUUGAAGUAAUCGGUGUGGGCCCACCACUCUCAUCAAGUCCAUCUACAAGUCCUUCUACCUCCACCCAACCUACAUUAAUAAAUCAGCAAUCAACUGGUCCAUCUGCAAUGAACAACAGCACCAAUGUUACCUCUGCUCCUGAACCCAGUCCAUCUCCCAGCAGCUCCAACUCAACCUUUGCUCCCAGUGGCAGCAACAACACCAAUGCUACUUCUGCUCCUGGACCCAGUCCAUCUCCCAGCAGCUCUAACUCAACUUUUGCACCCAGUGGCAGCAACAACACCAAUGCUACUUCUCCCAGUGCCAGUCCAACCUCUGAAUUCCCCACUACUGAAAUGCCAACUACUGGAUUGCCCACAGUGACACCUGGAAGCCCUUCUGUAGCACCCACAACCUUGAGCCCAACAACAGCAGUGCCCACCACAGGGUUGCCUACAACAUCAGGACCAACAGUUGUACCAGGCUCACCAAGUGCAGGUCCAACCACUGGUGUCCCCACCACCCAAACACCUACAGUGACUCCUGGGAGCCCAUCACUGGCACCCACCACUACAGGCCCCUCAACGAACUUUCCAACAACACAAACUCCAACCACUGUGGGGCCCACUGUCACUCCUGGGUCUCCCAGUGCCAGUCCAACAUCUGCAUUCCCCACUACUGGUGGACCCACAACUGGGAUGCCCACAACUGUAUUGCCCACAGUGACACCUGGAAGCCCUUCUGUAGCGCCCACGACCUUGAGUCCAACAACAGCAGUGCCAACCACAGGUUUGCCUACAACAUCAGGACCAACAGUUGUACCAGGCUCACCAAGUGCAGGUCCAACCACUGGUGUCCCCACCACCCAAACACCUACAGUGACUCCUGGGAGCCCAUCACUGGCACCCACCACUACAGGCCCCUCUACAAACUUUCCAACAACACAAACUCCAACCACUGUGGGGCCCACUGUCACUCCUGGGUCUCCCAGUGCCAGUCCAACAUCUGCAUUCCCCACUACUGGUGGACCCACAACUGGGAUGCCCACAACUGUAUUGCCCACAGUGACACCUGGAAGCCCUUCUGUAGCGCCCACGACCUUGAGUCCAACAACAGCAGUGCCAACCACAGGUUUNNNGACUCCUGGGAGCCCAUCACUGGCACCCACCACUGCAGGCCCCUCUACAAACUUUCCAACAACACAGACUCCAACCACGGUUGGGCCCACUGUCACUCCUGGAUCUCCCAGUGUCAGUCCUACUGUCUUUUGCCCCACAGCUUGUGCUCCCUCUAUUGGAUAUCCCACUGUUACUCCUGGAAGCCCUUCUCAAAGGCCCACAAGUGCACUACCAAGCACUGUGACUCCUUCCACCUUAGGUCCCACAGUAACUCCGGGAUCUCCAAGUGCCAGCCCAACAUCUGCAUUCCCCACUACUGGUGGACCCACAACUGGUAUGCCCACAACUGAAUUGCCCACAGUGACACCUGGAAGCCCUUCUGUAGCACCCACAACCUUGAGCCCAACCACAGCAGUGCCAACCACACGUUUGCCGACUUCUGGUGUCCCAACAUCCCUUUCCCCCACUGUGAGACCUGGAAGCCCCUCUGUAGCCCCCACCACAAAUAUUCCAACCACAGGAAUGCCAACAACUUCCCCCCCUUCAACAGUUGGUCCCACUGUCCUUCCAGGAUCUCCCAGUGUCAGCCCCACCACAAUGAAUCCAACUGCAAUAUGUCCCAGUGCUUGUUUACCUACAGUUGGAAUCCCCACUGUUACACCUGGAAGCCCAUCGCUAGCCCCUUCGACUGGUCUCCCAACUACUCAGACACCAACACCACCAACACCAGUACCUUCAAUAUCUCCAUCUCGGACACCAUCUCUAAGGCCAACUUCAGGAACUGGUAAUGGUCCAUCAGCUUCACCAUCAAAUGCCCCAUCUGAUGUCCUCCCACCGUGGUUGCCACCGAACUAUCUAAAAGGGGUCCGCCCUUUCCCCCCACAACUGGCCAGGAAUGGAGCUGCGCCCCCCGCAUUGUUGCCACCUUUGUUGCAGAAACCAACAAGAGCUGACGAGUCUGAAUCCGAUGAGGCUGAAACGGAUGAGGCUCAAGAACGAGAUGGCACAACAGAUACUGACCAGCUCAAUCUUCAUGAAUCUGUUGGAGUCACAAGGCCUCCAGUGUCUGCUCGUGCUGGUUCUGAAUCUAUGAAGAAAGCUGGGACGGAUCCAAUCCUGAUCAUUCAACAAGAACAAGGUGGCACUACGGAUACUGAUGGGGAGGGGAAACCAGCUCCUUCUCCAACUCCUGAUGACGCCACUAGAACAGAGCCAGUCCUUAUUGCAACUAGCACCAGCACCAGACGUCCAUCCUUUGUGGCCAGAGGAACAGAGCCUGUCAUAAUUGCAUCAAGCACCAGCACCAGAGCUCCAUCCUUCAAGGCCUGGCGUCAGACAGAGCCAGUCCUGAUCGCCUCUAGCACCAGCGCAAGGGGCCCAUCUUCUUCCAGAACAGGUCAUGUCUUUGUUGCAACCAGCACCAGCACCAGGCCUCCAGUCUUUGGAACAGCACAAACAAGUCCUACCUCUGGGACACAUUCGAUUGCGCAGAUGCUCUCUGCUGCCAUGACUGCACUUGUGGCAUUGCUCUUGACCUAG